AUGCAGAUACCAUGGCUCGAGCGCGGCAGGUCAAGUCAGGAGAUGCUGCUUCCCACGUCUGGUCUUCCCGCCGUUACUGAGCUCUCAACGCUCGAUUCGCGUGACCGUGAAUUGUCCGAUCAGCGACGUCAUGUCCGGGCCACCUCAUCACACGCAAGAGGGGUCGCAGAGGAAUUUUCCUUCAUGAUGCCGAGCGAAGCCGCAGCCAGACUACGGACAUCAUUAACACACGGAUUGACCGCCGCCGAUGCGUUGAAACGACUGGGCGAGUACGGUCCGAAUGAAAUCCCACACGAAGAGCCCGAGCCUCUGUGGAUUCGAUUCCUGAAGCAAUUUCAAGAGCCCCUCAUCAUACUACUCCUUGUUUCUGCAGCAAUGUCACUCCUGCUGGGGAACUUGGACGAUGCCGUGAGCAUCACGGUUGCCGUCACCAUAGUUGUGACGGUAGGCUUCAUCCAGGAGUAUCGAUCAGAAAAGUCAAUUGAGGCGUUAAACCACCUGGUGCCCAAUCACGCGCACCUGGUACGUGGGGGAAGCGGGAAACCAUCGGCCAACAUGCCCAAAUCGCCAGCGUGGCCAGCUCCGGGUGAUGCUGGGAUUGACAAACCCCGCAGCCCCGGGGUAGAAGUGCCCAUAGAGGAAGGCCUGGACACUGUUUCAACCAAGGUCAUGGCUGGUCAGCUCGUACCCGGUGAUUUGGUUCUAUUCACCACAGGCGAUCGAAUCCCUGCGGAUAUUCGCGUCACCAAGGCGGUCGAUUUGACGAUUGAUGCAUCCAACUUGACGGGUGAAACGGAACCCGUUCGCGUCACUGCUGAAACACGGUCAAGAAGAAUAAAUACCGAAGGGUUGAAUCAUCUACAGCUUCCACGGCCAUCGGCAGUAGCGCUGGAUGGAAGUCACCCCAGAGACGAUGGAAGUGAGAUCCACAACAUUGCAUACAUGGGAACACUGGUCACAUCUGGUUACGGCCAGGGUGUUGUGUUCGCAACCGGAGGAAAUACACACUUCGGCACCAUUGCAACAAGCGUUUCUGGUACUGAAAGCCCACGUUCCCCGCUUCAGCUGUCAAUGGAUGAGCUAGGCGGACAGUUAAGCAAGGCUUCGUUUGUUGUUAUAGGGCUCAUCUCGUUCGUUGGCUGGUUGCAGGGCAAGCAGCUGUUGGAAAUCUUCACCAUCUCCAUCUCGCUUGCUGUUGCUGCUAUCCCCGAGGGACUUCCAAUCAUUGUCACAGUAACUCUAGCUCUUGGCGUCCAUCGAAUGGCGCGACAUAAUGCCAUCGUGCGCAGAAUGCCCAAGGUGGAGACGCUGGGCUCAGUCAAUGUGGUUUGCACUGAUAAGACUGGCACCCUGACAACCAACCACAUGACGACGUCCGAAAUGUGGUAUUUUGGAGUUGAAAAAGCCGUUGACAUCCUCUCCGACACCGACGCACUUGACAAUAUGACCACCCCCACUGCUUUGAGAAUCAUGAGGAUCGGCAACAUCGCAAAUAAUGCGCGACUUGCUCGAAAAUAUACAGAAAGCGGUGCCGCCGCUUCUGCCGUCUUGACGUCAACGCUUGGCCGUGGUCAGGUGGCUACGGCAUCAAGGUGGGUUGGUCAACCGACGGAUGUGGCCAUGCUGGAUAUGCUCGAUAAGUUCGGGGAACAUGACGUUCGCGAAUCCGUGGGACCUCGGGUGACGGAAACGCCAUUCAGCUCUGAGAGAAAAUGGAUGGGUGUGACUAUUGGCGCCGACGCGAAGGGAGACAAGGAGUACGCUUACAUGAAGGGCUCGGUAGAAAAAGUUCUUGCUGUGUGCAGCACCUACCUUGACCAGACUGGAAGAGAAAUUGUGCUUGACUCGACAAGGCGUCAAGAAGCUUUGACUGCUGCGAAUACAAUGGCAAACAAGGGCCUGCGAGUACUUGCCUUCGCCAGCGGCGCGGUUUCUAAACCAUUCAAAGGCCGGUCCGCAAGAGGAGGGGGGCCUUCAGGGGCUGGUACACCUGGCCUGGAAAGUAGCAACAGUUCACUUCAGCAGACCGACGAAGACACCUUCAAGGAUUUGAUCUUUGCCGGAUUGGUUGGCAUGAGUGAUCCUCCCCGGCCUGGAGUGAGCCGUUCCAUCAGAAGGCUUAUGCGAGGCGGUGUAAAGGUGAUUAUGAUCACUGGGGAUGCGGAAGCCACAGCUCUUGCUAUCGGCAAGCAGCUGGGAAUGAACAUUGCAGCAGCCAGUCAGCACUCGAGCAGCCAAGGUACUGUGCGGCCUGUGCUUCGAGGCGAUGAAGUUGACAACAUGUCGGAAGAAGACCUCGCGCUCGCCAUGCAGCACACUACCAUUUUCGCUCGAACAAAUCCGGAUCACAAACUGAAAAUCGUUCGAGCCCUGCAGUCUCGCGGCGAUAUUGUCGCCAUGACUGGAGAUGGCGUUAACGAUGCCCCCGCGCUGAAGAAGGCCGACAUUGGCAUUUCAAUGGGACGUCACGGCACCGAUGUUGCCAAAGAGGCUGCCGAUAUGAUUCUCACCGACGAUGAUUUUUCGACCAUUCUUCGCGCCAUUGAGGAGGGCAAAGGCAUCUUCAAUAACAUUCAGAAUUUUCUGACGUUCCAGCUUAGUACCAGCGCUGCCAGCUUAUCCCUUGUUCUCUUGUGCACGUUCUUCGGCUUCAAGAUACCGCUCAAUGCCAUGCAGAUUCUUUGGAUCAACAUCAUAAUGGACGGCCCCCCAGCCCAAUCACUUGGUGUGGAAAAGGUCGAUCCCGACGUGAUGAACCGUCCGCCACGCAGACGCAACGAUGCUGUGCUCACCAAGGCGGUUCUGAUGCGCGUGCUGACGUCUGCCACCUUCAUCAUGAUUGGUACCAUGAUUAUAUACAGUCGCGAAAGGCUGGCGGAUGGCCAAGUGACGCGACGUGACACAACCAUGACAUUUACUUGUUUUGUUUUCUUCGACAUGUUCAACGCUUUGAGUUGCCGGUCCGAAUCAAAGUCGUUCUUCAGGGGGGAAAUCGGCGUCUUUGCGAACAACUUGUUCAACUGGGCGGUGUUCCUCAGUGUUGUCUGCCAACUGCUGGUGAUUUACACGCCGUGGCUCCAGGAGGUGUUCCAGACAGAAGCAAUCGGACUUGGCGACUUGCUUCGAUUAGUUGUCCUCUGCAGCUCGGUAUUCUGGGUCGACGAACUGCGCAAAUACUUGAAGUAUGGGAAACGGCGUUUGGACAAUGGGUACAGCCAGGCUGUUUGA